AUGUACAUUGCUGGGCCUGAUCUAUCGUUGACCGUAUCAAAUGUUAAAAAGUUAACCCAAGUUGUGUUUAAAAUACCGGCUGACAGGAAAUCGAACACGAGCGAUUUAUUGAUACAGAUCGAUCAUGAAGAAGAUCUGGCCUGUGCGUUUCCUCACCUGAACCCGUAUGACCCGGAAGUUAUGAAAUUAUCCGGCCUGGAUCAGACGGCAUUAGCCUGCAAGAAACAUUUACCUGAUUUAACUUACCUGGAGGGAACUAAACUACGUGUUAAUAAAACAGUACUCAAGUUGAUUCCUGAUCUUAAAAGUAUUUCUUGUAGAUAUCAAGAUAUUUUUAAAGACCUUGAUGACGACAAAGUUGCAAAGUAUGGUAAAUGGAGUAAGUCUUUCAAUAAAUCUUUACAGCUAGGGGAGGCGACUGAGUUUAUUCGUGUUGUGUGUGUUGACUCUUCUUCACAUCAAAUCUCUAAAAACUACUACGCUUUAGUUCCAAAGCUUGAAAGGCGAUUGAAAAUAGACGCGUUAUUGCUUCAAAAACAUAAAUCAACAAUUUCUCCAAAAGAAAUCCUCAAUAUUAUGAUAAUCGGAUAUGAUGGUGUAUCUAGACAUCAUUUUCUGCGCGCAAUGAAUAAAACGUAUUCGUUGUUGAUGAAUGACUUCAGUUCGUUUGAUUUUACCAUGCACACCCAAACAGGCCAUAACACUUUUCCAAAUUUUAUUUCAUUACUAACGGGAACUUGUGUAAAGAAUUUAACAAAAUGGUGGGAUUACUCCAAUAAAACGGACGCGUUUGAUUUUAUUUGGAAAGAGUAUGAAAAAGCCGGUUAUCGGACUUUGUACACUGAAGAUUACCCCUCUAUUGGAGCUUUCCACUACGGUAAAAAAGGAUUUUUAUUCCCGCCAACCACAUACUACAGCCAUCCUAUCAAUGUCGCAACAGACGACGAUAAAGACAUGCAUGAUUCGGGUACCGACUGUCUAGGAAGUCGUCCAGAGUUGUACUUUCACCUUGAUUAUAUACGAAAAUUUUACGACACGCUCUCUGAUAUACCGAAAUUCGCAAUGGCGUUUUUGACAAGAAUGACGCAUGACGUCAUAAAUGACCUUAAAAAAGUAGACGACCACACGUUUGAAAUCUACAGCGAGUUAUCAAGAGAGGGCUAUUUAAAUAACACAUUAUUGAUUUCAUUUUCUGAUCAUGGUCCCAGGUGGGGCCCGAUCAGAUCGACCUAUCAUGGGAUGAUUGAGAGUAAAACACCGUACACGAUUUUAACGUUUCCGAAAUGGUUUUUAGAGAAAUACCCGGACGUUGCGGAAAAUUUGAGAAGGAAUACGGCACGGCUGACGUCACACUACGACACACACGCUACUUUGAUGGAGCUGCUACAUUUUAAAGCUGGAGGUUUAGCCCCUGUAAACAAAGGACCAGGUAUUAGCUUGCUUAAAGAAAUACCUAAAAGCAGAACUUGUGAAAUUGCUCAAAUCCCUCAAGAAUAUUGCGUAUGUGGUCAGAAAAACAUGAUCCGUAUCGACGUUAAUGACACCCUGUCAAAAUUAUUAGCUGAACAUGUAGUCGCUGUUAUCAACACUAAAGGCAAUGAAUAA